AGCAACGAACAUUCGGUGUACGAGCACUGUAGGCUACUAAAACCUGAGCACAGCAUCAGCCAGUGAGGGAAGAAAUUAUACUCAUCAUAAUCUAUAGUAUUACAAUCGGCAUCUAAACACUGGCAUAAACCAUCGUUCGGGAGAAAGAAACCGAAAUUAAUUGCACAGCGCUGACAUCCAGAUAUACGGACUCCAAUCUGCGCCCCAGUCAACCGCUCUGUGGAUCUGUGCUUUUGGGUUGGCGUGGCGUGGCGUGCCGUCCGUCUUAUCCUCGGGUUGUGUAAUAUUUUUCUCAACCAGCUACACACUCCUAUCCACCCUCAGAAAAACAUACAAAGGAAGAAACAAGAAUCUAAACAGUUUUUGCUUUUAUUAGCCAUUGAGUUUUCUAUUAGAAUAUUUUCCAUUUACAUGGCGCAGGGGCUUUGCAAGUGGGACGGUUCAUGUUCCGGUUCUGGGUGUGAUAAAACCGUGAAUUUGGAUACCCAAGUAGCAUCAACUGUGGUUCUAGAAGGGAUCAGUUCCGGCGGCAUCCCCACCUCCUCUUAUUCCUCUCCCUGCCUGUAUGUCGAGUAAUGGUCGGCUUGCCUUGUUGGAUGCACACCGCUCUCUCUGGAUCGUCGACGGCACCUCUUCCAACAGCAGAUCCCCAUUUUCGGCGGAAACCUUCAAAGCGCUAAGGGCUACAUAUGGAAACUGGGGAUCAGAAUUUUAAGAAAAAGAAAAUCUAGCGGUUGUUUGUUUUCUACUUGAUUCAUCUGUUUCUUUGCCAAUUCAUUAAUUUAUUAAUUUGGCUUGAUUUCUUCAUUCCAUUGUUGGUUUAUUUACUAAAUUACAAUAGCAUUUUACUUUAUUCUAUUAAAUAGGCCUAGACCUCAACGAUUGUUUUUCAUUAGUUUUUACUGGACCUUUAUUUACACGUUUGACUUAUUAUGAUAGAUUUUCCCUGUCCUUCAUUUCCCGUCCCCGUUCCUCUCCCUGCUUUUCCCUCUUGACUAGAAUAGCCCUUGCGUAGGGUUAUUCAAACAUAAUAAUACCUAGAAAUUCAGUAUAUGUCUACAAUAACUGUAAUUCAGUUUCCAUCUAACAGAGAUAGGCUAUUGACUUGACAGGCAGAAUUGUUGUAAGCCUACCAUUACUCUUAACACCACCCCCAACCUACUCGCUCCGUCAAUUUGAGCUCAUAGUAAUUUACUGAUAUCCAUAGAAUAGUGCUCAUCUAACAUUACACAUCAAGAAACAGGUUGCUAGUAAUCUUCAUGUUAAAUGGUACAUUCUAUGUACAAUAGAAGGCAAAAGAAAGUCUAAAAUCCAAACAGGAUACUGGAUUUUGAUUUAAACUGUUCCUUUCUCCAUUUAAAUAAAAUCCUUUCGGUAUCUCACUUAUUGUGAUUGUAUAGUAUAAAUAUUAUUGGUAGAUAAAUGCUUUAACUCCAGUGUAAGCCAGUUGGUAUAGUGUAAGCAGCUCAAACUAUAAUCCGUAUUUGCAAUUAGGCUACCUUCAUCAUUAUUCUUAUAUUUGGGGGUAACAUUUAUUAAUCUAUCUGGAGGAAAGCGACAUCGCGUCCUCCUCCAGAAACGACCUUAAAAGGAACCCCAAUUUCUCUUAGUCAGUCCUCACCCAAACGCAACCAUAAGGUUCCUACCGCAUCCACCUCCUUCCCCCUCCUUUCGCUCAAAUAUAUCCCAUUUUUUUAGUUUGGUUUGGUCCCGUAAAUUUUCAAAUAUUUAUUUCCUAUAUAUCAAGAGGAAAGGGGGUCCCCCUUUCAUGGAAUGCGGAAAUAUGGGUCUGUUUGACCGCGGAGUUCAGAUGCUAUUGACCACGGUGGGCGCAUUUGCCGCCUUUAGUCUCAUGACCAUCGCGGUUGGCACGGACUACUGGCUAUACUCGCGCGGCACGUGCAAGUCCAAGUCGGUCAGCGAUAACGAGACCAGCAAGAAGAACGAAGAAGUAAUGACCCAUUCGGGCUUAUGGAGGACGUGUUGCUUAGAAGGGAACUUUAAAGGGAUGUGUAAACAGAUAGAUCAUUUCCCCGAGGACACUGACUACGAAGCGGACCCCUCCGAAUACUUCUUACGUGCGGUGAGAGCCUCCAGCAUCUUCCCCAUCCUCAGCGUCAUUCUCCUCUUCAUGGGAGGCCUGUGCAUAGCCGCCAGUGAGUUCUACAAGUCACGCCACAACAUCAUCCUCAGCGCCGGGAUCUUCUUUGUGUCUGCAGGGUUGAGCAACAUCAUCGGAAUCAUCGUGUACAUAUCUGCCAACGCGGGGGACCCCUCUAAAAGUGAUUCCAAGAAGAAUAGCUACUCCUACGGCUGGUCGUUCUACUUCGGCGCCCUGUCCUUCAUCAUGGCCGAGAUGGUGGGUGUCCUGGCUGUCCACAUGUUCAUUGACCGCCAUCGGCAGCUCCGAGCCGGGGCCAGGGCUGCCGACUACUUCCAGGCCUCGGCCAUAACGCGCAUACCGUCCUACCGCUAUCGCUACCGGCGGCGUUCGCGCUCCUCCUCCCGCUCCACAGACCCCUCGCACUCCCGCGAUGCCUCGCCCGUGGGCCUAAAGGGAUUCAGCGCGCUCCCCUCCACGGAGAUCUCCAUGUACACAUUGCCCCGGGACACGCUGAAGCCCGGGGGCACGCCCACCGCCACCUACAACUCGGAGAGAGACCACAACUUCCUGCAGGUCCACAACUGCAUCCAGAAGGAGAAAGACUCGGCCAACACCAACACAGCCAACCGCCGAACCACACCCGUAUGAGGGAGCCCUCCAGAGCAGAGCCCGAGGGAGGGGAGACAGGGAGGACCCCCCUGCCCUAGGUGUCCAAUAUACCGUAGGCCAGGAUGAGUUUCUGUGUUUAUAGGGAUUGAUGAUUUUUUUAUUUCAUUCAACUGCAUGACCUUUCCCAUCUACCAUUGCUGAGAGAGUCCAAACGGGUUUAUAGAGUUCCGUUAGAGUGAAUGGUAGUACUGGGAGAAUGAGGCAGAGUGUCCUGAGAGACUGAGUAAUUUUUAUGGGGGGGUUAGGGUGGGGCACUAGAGGGAAGGGCUAUGAUUUAAACUCGUGAUUUCGUAAGCGUUUGGUAUUGACAGUUUGGUUCCACCGUUGGGGUGGUGCAACCAGCUACAGUACCUUCCCACCACACCGCCCGUCAUAUGCCUCUUUGAUUGGUUGUUAUUCUUAUUCAUUUAUUUAUUUUCUGCAUUAAAACUGUGAAUUGUUGCAGCUUGGGAUUCAGUAAGAAUUAGCCCAAUCUGUGAACUUUAAACAAAGGUACUAUAUAUGUGUAUUAAUUGUAUUAAUACAUUAUUACAUUAAUAAUCAAGAGGUACAGACUUUACUGAAGCAAAAAAAAAAAAAAACAACAA